AUGAGUGCUGGGCCCUUGCUGGCCGUUGGGGCGGGUGGUAAUCGGGUGCCGGCUUUUAGCCCUCUGGUCCAGGAAGAAGCUCCAGUCUUGAUCCGGAUGCCCAUUUUGUCUUCGGUUUCUUGCCUCGUUAAAGAAGAGCCCGAUCCGUGUGAUUCCCACGUGCCGGUCGUGGGCUCCGGCCCUUGUGGGGGUUACCCCACCGCUCGUUCUCCGGUCAUGCCGGUUUUGCAGAAGGCCAGCAUUCCCGAGGCCUCUGAGAACUGGGUGCCGGAGAGUCCUGUGGGCUGCACGAAGGAAGAAUGGCUCCUGGAGGAGGCGGAGGCACCCGGGCAGCUAGACACCACCUGCGUGCCGUCAGGGGAUGAACGCGCUCUGUGCAUGGAAGCCGAGGAAGGGCGCUCUUCUGCCUUGGCAGUCAGUCCCGGUGUGUCUGGGCCUCCACCCUGGCAUCACCCUUGGGCUUACGGAGGCGGCUCUGCUCAGGACACACGUGCCAGCAGUGCAGUGGGAGCAGACAGCAGCCCUAGGAGACCCUGGGCGUCCUCGGAGCAAGAGAUCGCGUUUCAGCUGCAAGAAUGCCAGUCCGUGCUGGAAGAGAUCUCACGGUCCCUCUGUGCCGUAGAGGGGAUCGAUCAGCUGCACAUGGAGAAGUGGAGGGAGCAGAUUGCAGAGCUCCAGAAGGCCACGAAACCGCCCAGCACCUACGUCGCAGUGGUGGGGAACACGGGGGCAGGGAAGAGCAGCCUGCUGAAUGCGCUGCGGAGGCCGCGCUGCCCACCUCGGCCAUGA